GGCUGUUGGCACCACAGCUGCCAGCGGUGCCAUAGCGAGGCGCUCCGCCGCCCUUCUGCGCGCAGAGAGCCGCGAAACCGGGCUCAGCUUCCAGCCGGGCAGCCUGCCAGCCAGUCAGCACCAAGAUGGCUGUUCUCUCCAAAGAGUAUGGCUACGUAAUCCUGACAGGGGCUGCCAGCUUCGUCUUGGUGACACAUCUUGCUGUGAACGUGGGAAAGGCCCGCAAGAAGUACAAUGUGGAGUAUCCAACCAUGUACAGCACGGAUGCUGAGAAUGGGAAAAUAUUCAACUGCAUCCAGCGUGCACACCAGAACACACUGGAAGUUUACCCUUCCUUCCUGUUCUUCUUAGCCACUGGUGGAAUCUACCACCCGCGGAUUUCCACAGGGCUUGGCAUUGCCUGGAUCCUUGGGAGACUCCUGUAUGCCCACGGAUACUACACAGGAGAGCCAAAAAAUCGAAGGAGAGGGGCCCUUGGUUCAGCGGCACUCAUUGGGUUGGUGGGCACAGGUGUGUAUUCAGCUUUCCAGCACCUUGGUUGGAUCUGCCCAGACUAACUGACCAUCGUCAUGGAUGCCUGGGGAACCAGAGGGAUUUCUUGUUGUAGAACAUUUCAUUGCCUGCUUUUUUUUCCUCCUCAUUCAAUAAAAUGAAGUUGUCAGUUCUGCA